AACGUUUCUCAGAGAUUGUGAGAUCGGGUCGCGAAAUGAUUGCCGUCGCGUAAAUUGCAUAAAAAGCAUGAAAAGAUUAUUUUGUGCAUACUCGUUGUUGCAGAGUGGCGCAUUUUGUAAUGCCAAUUAAAUGCACAAAGCAUACAAAUUGUUAUAUGAUUAUUAUUGUUGAUAAUUGAAGCAGAAGGGAGGGUCACCGUCUGACCCACAUCGAGUGCUAAAGAUUUCUGCCCAUGCAUUAAAGUGUGUUUUCAAGUGACAACAAGAGCAGCAGCAUCAGCAGCACCAGCAGCUGAAGAAAAAGUGUUCUAAUACAAUUGAGUGUGCCCAAUAAAUAAUCACAAUCACAGCAACAAAGCUCAUAAUUUAUACAUAAAUGUAAUUCUGAAAACGUUUAACAAAACUAUCAUAGCCAUUGUCAUUGCCGUUGCCGUUGUCGUUGUCGUUCUUCUUGCCCUUAAAUUAAACACGUGCUCCAAAAAUAUAUGUGUCCGAGCAUUUGGCACUUUGAGGCGUUGCCGCACAUUUAAUUGUCCGAUUGACUGGUGAACUCUAAUUAAAACUUUGUUUAUGUGCAAUUAAAACUUGCAUACACAUAUAUACAUUUAUAUAUACAUAUACACACAAACCAACACACGCAUACACUCACUCACACAGAUAGCGAUUGUCCUGCAUUUCCUUGCGCGCGCGUUCCCACAAAAGCCGUCAAAAUUCUUGAUAAAGUGGCCUCAAUAGGCGCCAACACGCUUAAUUUCACGGAUCUAGGGAGCCCCUACGAGGGGCCUCCCAGCACACCGCAAUCGGGCAUGGAUGCCCCCGAUGCGCCGCAUACGCCCAAAUAUAUGGACGGCGGCAGUACGGCAGCCAGCGUUACGCCGGGCGUCAACAUACCGGGCAAAUCGGCCUUUGUAGAGCUCCAGCAACAUGCCGCCGCUGGAUACGGCGGCAUACGCAGCAGCUAUCAACACUUUGGUCCACAAGGCGGUCAAGACUCGGGCUUUCCGAGUCCGCGCAGCGCCUUAGGUUAUCCAUUCCCGCCCAUGCAUCAGAAUUCAUAUUCUGGCUAUCACUUAGGCAGCUAUGCGCCACCCUGUGCGAGUCCACCAAAGGAUGGUAAGUGUGAAUUUACAUACUUUUCAAUCUCAGACAAAUGCGAGGACUCUGGCUUACGCGUCAAUGGCAAGGGCAAAAAAAUGCGCAAGCCUCGCACAAUUUACAGUUCACUGCAGCUUCAACAAUUGAAUCGCCGAUUCCAACGAACCCAAUAUCUGGCAUUGCCGGAACGUGCCGAACUGGCAGCGAGUCUGGGUCUGACGCAAACGCAGGUGAAAAUUUGGUUCCAAAAUCGCCGUUCAAAGUACAAAAAAAUGAUGAAAGCAGCACAAGGUCCAGGCGCAAACAGCGGUAUGCCCUUGGGUGGCGGUGGACCCAAUCCUGGUCAACAUAGUCCAAAUCAAAUGCACAGCGGCGGUAAUAACGGCGGUGGCUCAAAUAGUGGUUCCCCCUCACAUUAUCUACCUCCCGGACAUAGUCCAACGCCAUCAAGUACGCCUGUGUCUGAGUUAUCACCUGAAUUUCCACCAACGGGUCUUAGUCCGCCAACGCAAGCGCCAUGGGAUCAGAAACCACAUUGGAUCGAUCAUAAGCCACCACAGCAAAUGACACCACAACCACCUCAUCCAGCGGCAGCAGCGCCACAUCCGCAAUCGCAUCAUCAUAAUCCGCCACCACAAAUGGGCGGAUAUGUGCCCCAGUAUUGGUAUCAGCCCGAAACGAAUCCAUCGUUACUAACUGUUUGGCCGGCGGUCUAACAGCACCCGAAUCAGUUGCCCCCGCCUUCGGCUGCAUGGUCGCAACCGACGCAGGCCUACCAACCCCGAUCCUGCGCCGAACUGCAGCAUAAUGAGACCGUUUUUUUAGACGGUGGUGGUGUGCCGGGGCACUGAGCACAAUAUCUUAGCCAAUAAUUCAAAGAGCUAGAGAAGAUGUUUUGGCUUUUCGCAUGUAAAACAUUGUAAAUUACUUAUAAUAUAAUAAAGUUAUGCAACUAAUAAAAGGGCGUUUUGUAUAUUUCAAUA